CAGGCGGCACCGCGAUCGGUCCGCCUCAAGUCCGUUUUGUUGUCGUAUGAUUAAAAGUUUUUAGCCACUGAGUUGUUUUUAAGGCAGAUUUUUUAGUGAAACCUCCCUUAGUUCCGCAAGUCGCUCGCCGUGAUCCGUGAUUCGAGGUGCCAGAAUGCUGCGGGAUUCGCGAGUCCACCCCGCAGAAGGCCGCGACGAGUAGAAGCUGGGCAAGGGCAUCACCGUGCGAACACGCUCGAGAUUGAGAUAAUAUCUCUCUGUUAAAUGGUGAUUAUCGAUGCCAUGGAGAGAAGGAUAAAACUGAAAACUUUGAACAGUCAUAUAACAUGCAAGAUAUGCCGCGGAUACCUGAUUGACGCCACCACGGUCACCGAAUGUUUGCAUACGUUCUGCAAGAGUUGUCUGGUGAAGCAUCUCGAGGAGAAGCACACGUGUCCGACAUGCCAAAUUGUCAUACAUCAGUCGCAUCCGUUACAGUACAUCAGUUUCGACAGAACUAUGCAAGAUAUUGUCUACAAACUAGUUCCUGACCUCCAAGAAAAUGAAACCAAAAGGGAGAGAGAAUUUUACAGAGCUCGAGGUUUGCCUUGUCCUAAAGACAUUUUGCCCAACGCCGGAGAAGUUGAGGAGGAAAAAGCCAAUGCGGAUGCGCACGCGGAGUCGGAUUAUCAUCGCACUGACGAGCAGGUUAAUGUAUGUUUGGAGUGCACGAACUCGAGUUUGAAGACCUUGAAGAGGAGAUUUAUCAGGUGUUCGGCUCAGGCUACGAUAACGCAUAUGAAAAAGUUUAUCGCCAAAAAGGUUCUAACCGGCAUGGAGAAAUAUAGAGAUAUCGACAUUUUGUGCAAUAACGAAUUACUAGGUAAGGACCACACGUUGAAGUUCGUUUACGUGACGAGAUGGAGGUUCCGGGACCCACCCCUGAGGUUACAGUACAGAUCGCACAUAGACAUGCAAGACUAACCCCUCCACAUUCGGGAAUGUACAAAAAUCACGAAGGAUCAAUCUGUUCCUUUAUUUGUACAUUUUUUCUAGUUACAUUCUCAUCUUAACUGUUGUAGUACUUAUCUCUACGUUUACACGCAUUUAUGUGAAAUUUUAGAUAACGAUAUCGGUUCUGUGAAACAGGGUGAUACGAUGCCGACUACGAGAUGUAUUAUUCGAUGUUAAUAAUAGCAGAAUCCCAUUAUUAUUAUUAUUGCGUAUUGGUAAUAACGGGAUUCUACUGUUCGAGUCAAAGAUCAUUCUUGUCAUGUAUCAUAAUGAAUUGUACGAUAUAUUAUCUCUUCAUAGUUAAAAAAAAAUUGAUUUGUCAAGAUUUUCUCAGUAGUGCAUUACGUCUGUUGAUGUUUAAGUGAUUCGUGGCAGGGAAGGCAUCGUGAUGAAAGAAAAGGGGAAUCUAUAUUUUCAAUUCCAGUGUGUGUGUAAUACACACACACACACACACGGAUCUAUGUAGAUAUUUAAUUACCAUCGCAUUGUACAGAUUCUCUCUGCCUAUACGUUAAGUUUCCGGCGGACCAUCUCUCCUCCUCGUAUGCAGAAUCUUGGCGGACGCGAGUGAGACUUUCUACAUUUUACGCACGCGAGACAAAGAGCUACGGAUCCUCGUUUUGUGAAAUUGUACAUUCUUUUUUCAUAUAGCACGCACCUCAUCUUUGUACAUAGAAUAUUUUUGACAGAAUGCGAACAACAUUGCAUGUAGAGAAAAAAGGAGAGAGAGAGAGAGAGAGUGCAAAGCUUGUAUUAGGUAAACGAAAGAAAUUGGAUCUGAAUAUUCAGGUCUUUUUAACUUUGUAUGUUUAUGCGCCGUACAUAUUCUAAUCGCGUCUCAAGUUUCUCUCGACAUCGGCUUGCGAUUAAAAAAGAAGAAAGAGGGAGAAAGGCACAGAUUUUUAUUUCGAUGGCGAAAUAUUUUCAGGAGAUUCGCCAUCGAACAGCGCGUGCCGUGUCGAGCGAAACGCAUGGCGCUCGUCGCUUGUAGUAAACGAUCCCGGUAUUGCGGAAUUCUUCGGAACGGAUUUCGAUCGGAAUCGUACUUCUAUUGUGUUUUCUAGGGAAAACAGAAUAAUUCUGAUCCAUUCCGUGUAAUUCCAUCCGUACUGUUUUUCAUCCGACGAUCGCUAAACGAAAGGUGUGAUUGUACAUAAAAUUUAGAAAAUCGAACGCGACCUCUCGCCAAGUAGCGAUACCGCAAGAACGCUAGAGCUUGUAUGUUGUACGCUGUGUAUGCGCAUCUUCAUAAAUUAUUAAAUAAAUAUGUUUUGUACAGCAA